CUAUCCUUACAAGAUGAAUUCCGCGAUCCAAUCUUGGGGAACUCCAAUGGCUGGAUCAUCGCGACCACAACCACAAACUCCAAAGCCAGACACAAACCCAAGCAGUGAACAGGCUGUUGACUCUUGAUUGAUACAUACACACAUAGAUAGCUGUUAUUAGAAGACAAAAGGAGAAAGACAGAAGAGAACCAUGGCCACUGGCGGCGACGACGACGAUGAUUUUGACGAUGAAAUGGCGGAUUUGUUUUCGUUUGGCGUGGAUGCGGCGUCUCCACGAUCCUCGGCCACGGAAACAGCAGUAGCGACUGCUCCAGCUCCAGGUCCAUCAACCAAGGCGGAUCCUCCAGUGGAUGAUUUGGACGAUUUGUUUCAACAAGAUGACGAAUCGGACGAUUCGUUUUUGAAAAUGCUGAAUGAACAGCCAUUGAAGUUGCCCACGACUAGUACUGGUACUAGUACAGCAGCAGAUGCUACUACAACCAAUGACCCCGAGACGCAGGACAUUUUGAAUUGGUUGGAAGAAGAUGACACGGACGCCGAUGCUCUAUUGGCAGCUGUGGCAGACGAAUCGGCUCAAAAAGUAACGACGGCGCAAGAAGCACAAAAGCAGCAAAAGCAACGAGAAGCUGAAGCUCAACAAAAACAAGAACAAGAGGAACCCCCCAAAACCAAAGCAAUUGUCGCUCCCACAUUUUCCUCGUUGAAAGAAGCACUGGAAUCGAGUCAAUCCACCAAAUUGCAAAUUAUGGAACAAUGGGAACAAACGGCGCAUUGUUCACUGCAAGAUGAUCCUUCGUUACGACCCCUCUUGUGGUCUCGCAUCAUUUGCAAUAAAUCCAUUCCAGAAUUGGAAGCCUCCAGUUUGGCAGAUUCCUUUCAGCAGUUUUUGACACAACAGCAAUCUACUCGGAAUAACAACCCAAACAACAAAAAUAAUGAACAAUUGGAAACCUGGAUUCGAACCGAAUCGGCCAAAUUGGCACCUCGCAUUGUACGGGCCAAUGGAAACAUGACCGUCAAUCAAGCUGAAGAAGCACUCCAAUCCAUUCUGUUAUAUCACUAUCACAACAGCAACAAUAGCAACAGCAACAACAAUUCUUCCACCCCUACUGAUACUGACACUGACUCCACUACUACUACCACUGCUGGCAAUAGUAUCAUUAUGGAUCCACUUCUACCACCCGUCAUUUGCGCCAUUUUGAGUGCCGGUGUCCCCAAACUCGCUACACCCGUACUCAUGAGUCACAUUACUCCCAAUUACAUGCCCUUUCUUGCACUGACACCGCAGGAACGAACCGAAGCUUCCAAAUUGUUGCAUUCUCAAUUCUACUUGCUCGCAUGUUAUCAUUUGCCCGAUCUCGUCUAUCAUUUAGAUCGAUAUGUGCCUGGAUGGUAUUGGGCUAUUCAACAGCAACAACCACAAGACGAAAAGGAAAAUGACAACAACAAGAAAACCAAUUUUCAACAACAAGGCGUCAUUCCACCGUCGUGGCUCAUGACACAUUUAGUGGGAGAAUCCAGUUGUUCCAAUUCCUCCUUUCUACUCGAUCCCGACCGGGUCCUACAACUCCUCGAUCUCGUCUUUACCAAUGAAAACAAUUCACUACGAUUCUUUUUGGUAUUGGCUGUACUCGAACAACAUUCCGAUCAUUGGUUGGAAUUGACUGGCGAAGAGCUCUUGCAAGCGUUGCAUCACAAUUUACAAGAUUCGACGCAUCGUGUGAGUAUGGACGAAUGGCACGCUCGAGCCAAGUCCAUGAAGGCGGCGACACCCGAUAGUGUCGUCGACAAGUUGCGCACGGCCGAAGAUGAAUCCGUCCGUGCGGCAUUUCAAGCGAGACAAGAACGAUCGGAAGCCGCCUUGAAAGCGCGCCUCCAAGCCGAAGCCACGGCCCAUCGACUGGCGCAAGAACAAAAAGCCGAAGAAGCACGCACGCGGUUGACACGAGCGCGAUUGGUGGCAUUCUAUCGUCGCUUCAAUCCCACCAAGGAACAAAAUGUCGACAAGAUUAUGGAAACCUACAAGGAUCGCAUGGGAGAACUCGAUGCCAAAUUAAAGAAAAAGUACGGAGUCGGAUUCAAUCCGGCACUCAAACCAAAGAGCAACAACAAUAAACAGCAGCAGCCCAAAAAGACAAUGGCCGAAGCCGCCAAUGAUUCCAUGAAAAAGACAAUGGCAUCCAUGAAUUACGGCAUGAAGAGUUUGACGACCAUGAGUGGAAGACGAAAACACGAUAAUCCACUCAAUGACGACGAACGACAAGAUACCGAUGCAAUGAGAAUCAAAGAACAUCGCGUAUCGGUCAGUGUCAAGGUCGGAGAGACGUUGCCGUAUAUUUGCAUGAGUCGAGAACAAGCCAAUGACAUUCGACGCGUCUGUCUCCAAAAGGAUUUGCCCAUGCCUCUACGUUUUUACCUCGUCGACAGUCGUUCCGAUCUCUUGGCCGAACAACAGGGACGAUUCCCCACGGCGGCACGGCUGGCGCCCGAGACACUGAUGGAUCCGGAACUCUUGCAAAAAUACGAAGAUUCCUUCGAAGCCGUUCGUGGAUCGUUUCACAUUUGUGUCAUGGGAGAAGGAUACAGCGCCAUUCCGGCACUGUACGGACAAAAGUUGACACCCAAUUUGGAAGAAUACAUGCGCGAGGAUGAAUCGCGGACCAACAAUUGUGCAUUGUUCUUUGUCAAGCGGGGAUUUCCCUUUGUGUCGGUACUCGAAGGUGGAUUCGCAUCGGCGCAUGCAUGGCUCGUACGGGAGGGACCCAAAAAGGGAUUUGAUGUCAAAUCGUUGUUGGUCGAUUACAAUACAGACGUAUCGCUAUUUGGGCAAAUGGAAAAGAUACGCAUGGAACAAAAGGGACAGGCCGUCUACAAGACGCAACGGGCAUUGCACAAUCUUUUGGAGACUUCCAUGGCGACACUGGUUCGUGGCAAGAUGCAGUUGGAAGGAUCGUUUGCACAGGAAGUACAGGCGACAGUGGCGGCCAAUAAUAGCAACAACAACAAAAAGUCCACUAUAGGAGCGGCUACACUGCAAGACGAGACUGCUGGGGGUGGAGGCAUUACGAGUUUCACGUCGUUCUUUGGCCGGAGGCAGCAAGUUGCGGCGGUCGACAACAACAAGGCACCGCCCAAGCAGGAUCCUCCAGCCGAUAAUAAGGACAAGGCAGAGGCCACCACCAACAACAACAUCAGCAAGACAAACCCGCCAGCACCUGUCCCCGCCGCGCAACAGGCACCGCAGAACCGUUUCUCAAAAUGGCGACAAGCGGCCGCAUCUGCCAUCCAGGAAACAGCACAGCAGCCGGCAGCACCGGCAUCGGCUGCUACUACUACUCCACAGAAUCAACAGCAACCGCAACAAGCAAAACCGAAACCACCAGCACCCACCGGGAAUCGUUUUGGUGGGUUUGGAGGGCUCCUGAAUCGUUCCACUUCACAGGAUACGGACCCCAACAACAGCGCACAAACCAAGCCCCAACCAGCAAUGCGACGUAACCCAUUUGCUCGUUUUGGUGGUGGUGCAGCUGCAACGACGGAGCCUGCCAAAGGAGCUGCGGCUUCUGGCUUUGGUGGAUUCAUGAAAGCAGCCCCUGGUUUUGGUCGCAAUGCCCCCACCGAAAACGCUGCCGCCAACAAACCCAACACCACCACAGCACCGACAAAGCAACAACAACCGCCGGCAAGUGCCACGAUUGUACAAAUCCCACCGAAACCGGAUGCUCCAAAGGGAAACGAAGAAUCCAUCUCGUUUGAGAAUGGCGAAGCUAAAGAGAAGAAUGCGACUCCCAAGGUUCGUCCUGUGUGAUGAUUCGAUUCGACCUGGAUCGUCCUGGUCGCAGCAUCUCCUGCCCGGUACAAUGACGUUAAAAUUCUGGCUGCGAUGUGCGAUGUUGCGACGACUUUGGAAGGACGAGUGAAGCUGCUAGGACGUCACAGUAAAAAUGCUAACUACUAGCUAGAGCUUUUGAUCAUGCUUCUUGUCAUUUCAU